CAGGAGCAAAUCAGCAAACGCGUCAAGAACUCGGAAGCACACGCGCUUCCAAGAAAAUUUCCACUGCGAUCCUCUUCAACAUCUUCGUUUCCCAUCCGAUCGCAUAGCGUAUAAAUAUCACCAGCUACCUGAUUCAUUAUUCAUCCAUCACUCGUUCGAUCUCUCCCAUAUAAUUCUAAGCAGAUCAAUUGUCACAACUAGCUACGAUCAUGGCAGCCUACGGGAAGCCGCAGCCGCCGCUGAACGACGCGUACUACGGCCCGCCGAUCCCGCCGCCACCGGCGGCAGCGUACUACGGCGCAGCGGCGCCUCCGCCCGCGCCACGCCGGAGCGGCGCGCACCGUCUGUUCUGCUGCCUCUUCAGGGUGCUCGCCGUCGCCGUCAUCGCGCUCGGCACCGCCGUCCUCGUCCUCUGGCUCAUCUACCGCCCCAGCGUCGUCAAGGCCUACGCCGACACCGCUGCGCUGUCCCGCUUCGACCUCACCAACGGCGGCAGCCUCCUCGUGUACAACCUCACCGUGGGCAUGCGCGUGCGCAACCCCAACCGCUUCGGCAUCAACUUCAGGAGCGUCGACGCGCAGGCGUCCUACGACGGCGACCGGUUCGGGUACGCGCCGCUGCAGCCGUUAUACGUUGGUCGGAAGAGCGACGCCAGGUUCGACGUGACGCUGAGCGGCUCGGCGGCCAUCGACGACCGCGACGUGGAGCGCACAUACCGGAGGGAGACGGCGCAGGGGUCUUACGAGGUUAAGGUCAGGGUGUACGCUAGACAAGGAUUCAAGGUCAGGGGCUUCAGGCUGAACAACAAGAGCAAAUUCACCUGCACGCUGAACCUGCCGGCGCCCAACUCCGGCAACGGCACCGCGAGCGGGACGCCGACGACGGUGUUCACGAGGAAGCAGCCGAAGUGCGACGUGGACUAUUGACGUGUUCGUGUCACUGAUACGACAUGGAGGCAUGAUCGAACUCCUCGGCUGGGAACGACACGACACAGUCUGCCAUGCUUUAUUUAAUUUGUUCAGCUUGUAGAAAAUUCUUUCGAAAACAUGUAUUUGUAUAUGCACGAAUGAAUAGAUGGAGCUAUAUGUAUUUAUGCACGAAUGAAUUGAUCGAGCUAGCCGGGUUUUUGUGCCGCUAUUAAA